AUGGUAGCCUACGCUCCUUACUUCGCCGCUACGGCUUCAUUGUCGUCUGUCCUCCACGCAGUCACCCCUUCUGAGUUCAGCAACGCGCCCAUCUGCCAGGUCGUCACAGCUACAGUCACUGAAUACGCCACAGCACGACCCACGACCAACUCUCAUGGGCAUGGUGGGCCAUACUACAAUCCCUACAACGAUGUGCCUCUCCCUUUCGAGUGGCCGGGUAAACCAUCACAUGGAGAAGCGUACGCUCCUCCUCAGCCUUCGACACCCUACGAAUACGGCGGGCCCGCCAAACAUGAUUACAACGAACCGUGCUGGGUUCCCAAAGGAACCGACCAUCUGAAGAGCUCACUUUCAAAUGUCGAACAGUGUGGGUCUACCACUUUCGGACCGACUGCUACCGGGACGCUCGAGCCUAUCGCUUCUGCGGCCUCCAAACCAAAGGCUGAUCUUCUUUGUCCGUCCAUGCCCGACACUGGCGUGACAAGAACAUACGAUCUUCACGUGGCUUAUCAGACGAUCGCACCAGAUGGUGUUACCAGAAACGGACUCACGGUCAAUGGUCAAUUCCCCGGUCCUCUAAUCGAAGCCAACUGGGGUGAUUGGAUCCUAUGGAGAGUUACGAAUGAUUUGACUGAUGAGGGUACUACCCUUCAUGCCCACGGCCUUUUCCAGACAGAAAGUACCUGGUAUGACGGUGUACCUGCGGUCAGUCAAUGCCCGAUCACUCCAAAUGGCGGUUACUAUGAGAUGCUUUUCCGGGCCGACCGCUACGGGACGUCUUGGUAUCACAGCCAUUACAGUGCCCAAUACUCCGGCGGCGCUCACGGCCCCAUGGUCAUACAUGGGCCGAAACACGAGGAUUACGACAUCGACAUCGGCCCCAUCAUUCUCGAGGAUUGGUUCCAUGCUGACUACUAUACCCUUGUUGAAGGCACUAUGAACGGCCAAUUCCCGCCCUCCAACAACAAUCUCAUCAAUGGAAGAAUGAAUUACCCAUGUGCCAAUACGACCUUGCCUUGCACGCCUAAUGCAGGUAUCUCUAAGUUUAAAUUCCAGUCUGGAAAGAAGCAUCUACUACGCCUCAUCAACACAGGCGCUGAAGGCAACCAGAAGUUCAGCAUCGAUGGGCACAAACUGAAAGUCAUCGCCGUAGACUACAUCCCGGUCGAGCCGUACACAACCAACGUUGUCACGCUUGCUGUCGGUCAGCGCACUGAUGUUGUAGUCGAAGCCAUCGGCAAGCCUAGCGAUACCUUCUGGAUGCGCUCUCAGCUUGCUCAAGGCUUUCGCUGCACACUCACCGACGGCAUCUCACCCAACGCUCUUGCGGCAGUAUACUACGAGAAUGCCAGUACCGACGCUAUCCCCAAGUCUACCUCUGAUGUCACGAAGGAACAACUUGAGCAAUGCAAGAACGACCCCAUCACCCAGGGUAUCCCGCUGUGUAAUGUCCCAUUGGAAGAGCCUGACCAUGUCGAACGUGUGGACUUUGACUUCCGCUCCAAUGGCACCAACUUCAUCUGGUAUCUCAAUAACAGCACCUACCACGGCAACUACAACAAGCCAACGCUUCUAAAAGCAAAGCGUAACGAGUCGGACUUCAACCCUGAAUGGAACGUGUACCAAUUCCCCGGUGCGAAGCAUGUCCGCAUCCACAUGGUGAACCACGGUCUCAUUGGCGGCCAUCCCAUGCAUCUUCACGGCCACGACUACCACAUCCUGGCUGAAGGCUUCGGCGAGUGGGACGGCAUUGUGACAAAUCCGGAGAACACGCUGCGCCGCGAUGUUCACCAGAUGCAGAAUGCACGAAACACCACCGGCACUGUUGAGCCUUCGUACUUGGUACUGCAAUUCGUACAAGAUAAUCCAGGCGCCUGGCCACUGCAUUGCCACCUCGCUUGGCACGUCAGCGGAGGGCUUUUCAUGCAGAUCUUGGAGAGACCAGAGGAUAUCCAGAAGCAGGCAUUUGGGGAUGAGCAGUUUCAACUUUGCGAUGAUUGGGAUGCUUAUACUUCUGAAGUGGUCCUGAAUCAGAUCGAUUCAGGGUUGUAA